AUGUUGUUCGCCGUUGUCAAAUUCCUCCAAACCACAAUGUACUACACCAUUUACCACGUCUCGGCGUGCAUUUUGUGUUUCUACCUCAUGCUUUGGCUAUUCAAGCUCAUCGGUGGUGGUCUGAGACGGGAGCCCAAGACCGUCCCCCUGUCGGUCAACUACCACUUCACACGCAAAUGCAACUACAAAUGUGGCUUCUGUUUCCACACCGAUACAAACAGCUACACUGCCUCCAUGGGUGACGCGAAAAAGGCCCUCAAACUCCUCGCCGACGCGGGCAUGAAAAAGGUCAACUUCGCCGGUGGUGAACCUUUUCUGUACGCCCCGAAGCUUGGGUCCAUGGUCGACUACACCAAACGAGAACUCGGUUUGGAAUCCGUGUCCAUCGUGUCCAACGGUUCCCUGAUCCGUGAAGACUGGAUCAAGAAACACGCUCGCAACCUCGACAUCCUCGCCAUCUCUUGCGACAGUUUCGACGAAUCCACAAACACCAAGAUCGGCCGUGGCAGUGGACAACACAUUGCCCAGCUUCGUCGGAUCGCGGGUUGGUGCAAGACUUACGGGGUGAUGUUCAAGUUGAAUUCGGUGAUUUGUCAGUACAACUGGGACGAGGACAUGAACGAACACAUCGCGACCUUGAAUCCUUACCGGUGGGUUUCUUCCUCUUUUGCUCGAUGCUUGCUUGUGCGAUGGAAAUGUUUUCAGGUUCUCAUCGUCGCCGGUGAAAACGACGGUGACGACACCAAGCGAGACGCUCGAGACUUUGUCAUCACCGACGACCAGUUCCGAUACUUCUGUGACAAGCACAGACACAACCCGUCCUUUGUGCCCGAGAGCAACGCCCUCAUGGCAAAGAGUUAUCUGAUUCUCGACGAGCAUCUUCGUUUCCUCGACCGCACGGGCAAGGCUCCGAGCAAGAGUAUCCUGGACGUGGGCGUCGAUGCUGCCCUGGCCAGCGUGUUCUGGGACAAGGACGGUUUCAAAGAGCGCGGUGGAGUCUAUGCUUGGAAUCAAGAUCAGGUCGAGGAGGCGGAUCAGAUCAAAACAAAAGCGAAAGAUGAACAGCUCAUGGCCUUGAAGAAUCAACUUGGUUUCGACCUCGGUGGAAACAAAGGUGGUUGUGGCGGCGGCGGCAGCGGUGGUUGUGACAAUGCUGGUACGGAUACCCCAGAAGACAACAACAACGAGCGAGGUGGUCUACUCGAUAUGGAGGACAUCGGUUUCGUUUUUGGAGAGCCAAUGUCGUGA